AUGACCUCUCAGCCGCGAUCGGCACAGGAAAUGCAGCAGCAAUCCCAAAAAGUUCAGCUCUCACUCAGCCUCAGCACGAGUCCUCCACACGCCAUUUCCAUCCAGGAUCCGUACCCAUCAGAACCUUUGCAACUCAUCGCCUCUAUCAAACAGACUGCGUCACCGUUUCCCGAUCGUGCUGUCACUAUACUGACCAAGUACUCGUGUUUGGACACAACACCAACAGAGGAUGCCUUUUUCAUCCGUACCAUGAGAUCGCCCCAGAUAACAGCAUCGGAUAGUCAAUGUCCAGCCCCAGAACUACCGCUACAUCCCGUGGCGCGACACAUCACCACCACGCGCAUAUCUGGCAAUCCGGACUUGUUGAAACGCGGAGUUGAUGAUGGCUUUGACUUCAUAACUGUUCCGCCUUUAGGACAAGGUCACGCUGAAGUUGCAUUUGAGCUGGCCCCGGACAGACUUGUCCAACGCCUGGGCAACAAGGAUGAAUCUGUACAGGACAAAUUGCUCCGCCUCCUCCGGCCGGGUGACUCAUACAAGAUCGUGCCCAGCGACUUGGGAAUCCGCUGGUGGGCCUUUGGCUCGCUCGACGGUGAGAACGGAUUGAGAGAAAAGAAGAUUGCGCGUUGGACUUUUCCAGACGAUCUGCCCCUAGUGAGAGAACCUGGGGAGGAUGAGACGGACGAGAUUGCACUUAGGCUGAGGGACUUGGUCGACUUACACGACGUGAACCAUUUAAGUUCGCGUAGCGCCGUGGAAGGUGAACAGAGACCCAGAAUAGGUAUAAUGCAUUCCGAAGGUUGGGUAUUUGGCGAACCUCAAAGAGCUUUGGUGCUGGUUUUUGAAGGCCAAGAGAAGGGAGCCAUAUUCACUAUUGAUGAGUGA